UUCAUUUUCUUAAUUCCCAUUGAAACAUUUGUAUAUUUGUCUCUCUUGAAAUGAAACUCUCUCUGCGUUUGGUCUCAACCAUUCUCCUCUCGUUCAUGCUACUCCUUGUCGCAGGAAUGAUUCCAGUGGAAGCCAGAACGUGUGAGUCACCAAGUACCAAGUUUCAAGGAGUGUGUCUCAAUGCAAAGAACUGUGCCGGUGUUUGCACUGGCGAAGGAUUCACAGGAGGUCAAUGCAGUAGUCUUAAGUGCUACUGCACCAAAACCUGCUAGAUUUAUAAAAUGUCACGAAAAUGUAAAAAUCAUUUUUUUUUGU